UGACCAAUCGAGCGGUUCGGGUCGGUGGGGUUGUCCAGGGACGAUAAACGAGUGCUUAUCGCGAUACGCCGUUGUUUCUAAACUGUGAAAUAAGAUUUUCGGAUGUAACUCGUGUUCGAAUGUUCAGUGACACGAAGACUAAAGAAAGAAUUAUAAAAAAACAAGACCAAAGAGUAGGAUCCAAGAAAGAAAAAGGAACUUAAUGGCUCUCAGUAAAUCGGAAAUACAUGGACAGGUCUUGCACUCGCGAACGGGGCGCCUCGCAAUAAGCAGCAUCGCCUCUCGUUCGCUCGUCCUGCAUCCACCUCCUCAGUGUCUCGACUACGACAAUAGGCUCCUCUUGUUGCUGGCACCGCAAAUUCUGCUUCCGUUUCCGUAUCUGUUAUGCGUGAACGCGACAAGAGUCGAGUGUUUAUAACUGAACGGUGCUGGUGGCGGUGACGAAGGGAAAGGGAAAGGGAGGAGGAGAAAGAGAAGGGGAAGAAACUUGGACGCGAGAUAAAGAGAGAAAGAGAGUAACGGAGGAGAGAGAGCCAAAGGCUCGUCGGACGAGAUAUUCGAAGCGGUGCGCCACACAUUUCUACGGAAGGUCGUAUUUACCGCGGGAACCUAUUUGUGAAGUCAUUCAGAGGUUUGAUAUUGUAUAGACAUAUACAUAUGUAUAUAUAUCAAACCUUCCAGCGAUCGCUUCCACCUUAGAACUCGUUAUAAAACAGUGAUCCGAUCUAAGUUGACUCAGGCAAAUAGUUGACUCGAAUCUGGAUAACCUGAUCGCACAAUUCGAAGUGUCAGCUCGUCGACAGGCGUGACAGCCCGUCGACUGGGUCGUCCGUCCUCUGUCCUUCUUGCUACUACCGGGUCAUACAACUGAUUCACAAUGUUCACCGGGACGAUGAAGAUCGAAAUAUGCGAAGCAGUCGGGCUAAGGGCGACUGACAAGCAACGAAAGUUUUGGCAAGAUGAACCUAUACUCGACCCUUAUGUUCAACUAGACGUCGACGAGAAUCAUCUCGAUCGUUCGUCUACCAAACCGAAAACCUUCGAUCCGGUAUGGAACGAGAGUUUCACCCACGAAGUCCAAGAUGCGGUAAUGCUUGGACUGACUGUCUUCCACGAUGCGGCAUUACCGCCGGAUUAUUUCGUCGCGAACUGCAGUAUUCCUUUCGAGGAACUUGUCAGCAGAAAUGACAAGACUGCAGAUUUUUGGGUUGAUCUUGAGCCUCAAGGAAAACUCAGAGUUAGGAUUGAUCUUAAGUGGAAUGAUCAAGAUCGACAAACAGGCUGUGGUGCAGGUGACGGGGAAAGUAUCGGGGGCAGAGGUGGUGGAAGCAUUACUUCAGGAAAAGAACCGAGGAGGGAGUUCAAAGAACGACAGGGUUUCAACAGGCGAAGGGGUGCAAUGCGACGCAGGGUUCAUCAAGCAAAUGGUCAUAAAUUUAUGGCUACCUUCCUGAGACAACCGACUUUCUGUUCUCACUGCCGUGAAUUUAUAUGGGGCUUGGGCAAGCAGGGCUAUCAGUGUCAAGUUUGCACAUGUGUUGUUCAUAAGAGAUGUCACAAGUUAGUUAUUACAAAAUGCCCAGGCAUGAGAGACGAGUCAAGUCAAGAUACAGAAAGUCCACGUUUCAGUAUAGAUAUGCCACACCGUUUUGUUGUUCACAAUUACAAAAGAUUUACUUUUUGUGACCAUUGCGGUUCACUCUUGUAUGGUUUGUUUAGACAAGGCUUACAAUGUGAAGCUUGUAAUAUAAAUGUUCACAAGAGAUGCCAGAAGAAUGUAGCGAAUAACUGUGGUAUUAAUACUAAAGCUAUGGCUGAAAUUUUAAGUACAAUGAAUAUAUCACCUGAUAAACAAAUAAAAACUCCAAAGAUUAAUUAUAGAACAACAACUUGUCAAUCUGGUCAAACACCUACGACUGUAACAGUAACAGACACGUUACCAACAGAUAAUUCACAAUCGGUUCAACAAAAAACAGAAGAGAGACCGGUUAUCGUUACCGAGAAUGCAGUACCUGCUAGCGAGAAUGAAGUUAGAAAAUUUGGUAUCGAUGACUUUAAUUUUAUCAAAGUUCUUGGUAAAGGUAGUUUCGGGAAGGUGAUGCUAGUGGAACGGAAAGCAAAUCCCGAUGAAGUAUACGCUGUAAAAAUUCUAAGGAAAGAUGCAAUCAUACAGGACGACGAUGUGGAUUGUACAAUGACGGAAAAAAGAAUUCUGACUCUAGCAGCAAAGCAUCCUUUCCUCACAGCCAUUCACAGUUGCUUUCAAACAAACGACAGAUUAUUCUUUGUUAUGGAAUACGUAAAUGGAGGUGACUUAAUGUUUCAUAUUCAGAGAGCUCGAAAAUUCGACGAAGCAAGAGCACGCUUCUAUGCAGCAGAAGUAACCCUUGCAUUGCAAUUUCUUCAUAAACAUCAUGUUAUCUACCGAGAUCUUAAAUUAGACAAUAUAUUACUUGACCAAGAGGGUCACUGUAAACUAGCAGACUUUGGAAUGUGCAAAGAGGGUAUCGUCGAAGGGAAGACAACAACAACAACAUUCUGUGGCACUCCAGAUUACAUUGCACCUGAAAUUCUUCAAGAAUUACAGUAUGGAGCUAGCGUGGAUUGGUGGGCACUGGGUGUUCUAAUGUACGAGAUGAUGGCUGGUCAACCACCCUUCGAAGCAGAUAACGAGGAUGAUUUAUUCGAAUCUAUUUUACGGGAUGAUGUGCUCUAUCCAAUUUGGAUUUCAAAGGAAGCAGUGUCGAUUUUAAAAGGAUUCAUGACAAAGAAUCCUGCCAAAAGAUUAGGUUGUGUUGUUGCGAAUGGCGGAGAAAAUGCUAUAAAAGCACAUCCAUUUUUUCAAGAAAUGGACUGGGAUGCCCUUGAAGCGCGCAAAGUGAAACCACCGAUCAGGCCAAAAAUUAAAAGUAAAAAGGAUGCCAUGAACUUCGACACGGAAUUCACUAAAGAAGAUCCAGUAUUGACACCAGAGGACCCAGACGAAGUGAGCUACAUCAAUCAAGAAGAAUUCCAAGGCUUUUCUUUCGUCAACAAAGACUUCAACCCUGCCAGGUUUGGAGCACAAUAAAAAGUAAGAACAAACGGGAUAAACAAGAACGAGGAUACAAUGUUAAUAUUCGUCUCAAUGCUUCUUGCUUGGAAAAUUGGCGAACUUGCCAAUCCGCAAAGCUGAACAUCAGCCUUUCGAAACUGCUCGGAGUCUCCUUUGUAUUUUUAUCUCAAUUGGAGAUAACAUUCUAUCAUUGGAAACAACGUUCAAGCUAUUGGGGGAAAAAUCAGUGGCGGAGAAAUUCGGAAAUUUUCACGUUUUUUUUCUAUAUCAUGAUUGCGGGAAUAUUGAUUGCAAGUAUGACGCUAAUUUAGCAGGAGAAGAUGUGUAUUUGGAUCCAAGUAUCUCAAGGUCUGACUAAAUCAUCAUUUUCUUUCCAUUUUUCUUUUGAAAAGCGGACGAGCGUGUUCGAGAGGAAACGCUAAUGAGAGAUCCAAUUCAUGAUGGUUAAUAGAGAAAAAAAUGUACUUUAGAAUCAAGUACUGAUCAAGGAAAUUAGUACAAAAGAGAAAAAAGAAAGUCAUUUUCGAUGGCAUAGCGAUAAAGGUCGCUGGGCGAUCUGAUCAUUUCUGUUGAAUUGAUAUUCUUACAAAUUAUGUAUAAUACUGUUAGAAACUCUACAGAAACUAUUUAGAAGACAGAGGAAGAAGAUUCGAAUCGAUAAGAACUUUUUUCUUAAUCGUAUAUUUCGUUUCCUCUCAGAGCGCUUAUAGAGGACUUCCUCUAGAUCUAGAUGUUUUAUACCAAUAACGAAAAAGUAAUUUGCACAGGAACAACCUUGAGUCUGGAACGACAAGAAAAACGAAACAUUGAUGUUGUUACAAUUCAUUUGUCAAUCAAGAUUCAGUUCGAUGGAAAUAUUUUCUGAUUUACAGACUCAUGGUUUAUCGUGUUACGAAGACUUGACACUUAUGUGUUUGUUUUUUAACGCUUACGUAUGUACUUAGUUUCAUUGAAAUGAUUUUCUCAUCGCGACGGAAGACGCGACAACCGAUGAUAUCAAGUAAUAUUGCUUAAAAAGUAAGUCGAGUUUUAAGUCUUAGCGUAGUGUGUCGAAUCACUAGUGAUCAAGACUGAAACGUAAAAGCUGGGCUUAAGUUUUAAGUAAAAACCAGCAGGCGCAAUUAUAAAUGUCGAGUCUGUAAAUCCUGUGCAUAUAAAUAGUAUAGAGUAACUAUUAGAUGAAAGGAAGAAAUACCGAGAAGUUGUAUUCCAGUUCGAACGAGAAUUUCGAACGAGGUUACAAACUUUUCGUCGAGCUUUAAUCCCAGAGGAUCAUCUCGCAGCGCUUCUCCGAUAGAGUUUAAAAUAAAGAACCAUGCUCGCUUGGUGAAGAUCGAGCAGGAUACGAUCUGACCAAGUGGUCAUGGUGUUUCAUACUUAAAGAAAAAACUAUAAAAUUUUAAGGGAUAAUAGACGCGACGGUGUCCACUGGUGGUCACCGUCAAAGUUAACACAAAAUAAUAUAUAUAUAUAUACAUACGUAUGUAUAACACGUAUAACUUAACUUAUUUUAAUAUACGCCUAAAGUAUAACAAAAUAGAGAGGAAAAGAGAGAAAAUGGAGUGGACAAAGGAAGACUCGAAACAAUGAAACUUAAUCGCGUGGAAUUUUCAGUGUUACACGUGAAUUAAUGAAGAAACAAAAGGAACAAAAAAAAGAAAAAUGUCCACCUAGCGAUAUUGAUGCACCUUCCAGAAUCUUCGUACGUGUUGUCUCUAGUUAGGUGUUCUAUAAAGCUUGAAGCAUCAAUUUCGUGUACUUAAAAUUAGGAAACAGCUGAAAGCUCUUUAGGUAUACGUAUUAAGCGAUCAAAUAGUCAAGCCUUAUUUGCAGCGUGCAAAAACGCUUAAAGUGCGUUUUCAAAAUAGAAAUCGAUGAACGGUUACACGCUGGCUCGGGUUUUCGACUCGAACGGGUUGGACAAAGAUAAAAUUAUCCGCGAUAGAAGGGAGAACGAUUUCCUGGAUGUUAUAAAGAGAGGGAAAAAAAGCAAAAUACUCUAUAAAUCAUCAGAGUUUACAUCAAAGAUUCGUCAUUGAAAUAUUCCCAAUCGAAUUGCGACUUUAAAUCGUGAAUGAAUCACCGAUACACGUAUCGAUUCGAUUAUAUUGAUCCUUGAUGUAAACUUCGAAUCGUCGUUGAUAGUUUUAAACAGAGAAUUUAAACGGUAAUUAGUAAUAAUAGCGUAACAUUUAGUAAUAAUAAAUACAUUUUAGUAAUGAUAAAUUCGAACCGCGACGAAAUCGCGCGCAGUUAAAUGCGAACAGAGAUAAGAAAAUAUUUUAACACUGUCGCGGGAUAAGUUACUAGGCGACGAAAGAAUUCAGCCCCAGAUUUUGUAAUCUAGUGACUUGUUCCGACGAUGGAGUACAUUAAUUCGGUGUCGUGUAUAAUUGUCAUCGUAUCAUACGUUUUUAUGUCCUUCGUAGAUAUUAGUUCCAGUAAAAAGAAAAAAAGAAAUCACUUUGUGCUGCCAUCUGUGUACUUCGAGCUUGUGCAGAACUCGAAGUACGAUGAAUGCAGUAUCGAGACGAAAAUCGAAGUGAUUAAAAAACAAUAUUCCAAAACCCACGACACGACGUAUGGUACUUUUGUCGCACGAUCUUAGAAAGUACAAGAUGAAUUAAUGUAUGUAAAAUAUAGUGUAUAAUCUACUCACGAUGCUG